AUGACACAAAAAAGUGAGGAGAUCAAAACGCUGAAACGGUGGAGGGUCGUGCUGUCUCAGGUGCUAGCAUGUCUCGCGUUGGACUUCCUACUAAUCGGCCUUGGAAUGUCCAUUAGCUUCGUGACGAUGGUUCUCCCCGAGGUGCUCGACGCUAAAGAAGGUCUCUCCAUCAACAAGAAGCAGGCGUCGUGGUUCGGCAGCAUGGCGUUCCUGUGCCAACCACUGGGCAGCAUAUUCUCCGGCCCGCUGCUGGAUUACUUUGGGCGUCGGAAAGCACUGUUCCUGGUGAACAUACCGCACCUAAUCGCUUGGCUGCUGAUGUACUACGCGUGGAACGUGCCCUCGUUGUUCGUUGGCAACGCCCUGCUGGGCAUCGGCAUUGGGAUCAUGGAAGCGCCUUCGGUUACCUACGUCGGAGAAGUGACAGAUCCAUCACUCCGCGGUUGCCUGACAACCCUGACGAACGGUUUCACUUCUGCCGGGAUGUUCGUCGCGUACUUACUGGGUACGGUACUACCUUGGAGACAGGCAGCACUUGUGUCUCUCACUGUACCCUUGGCGACAAUGGCACUUGUUCUAUUAGUACCCGAAACACCAAUCUGGCUUUUAUCGAAGGGUCGUCAAAAAGAGGCCUUGAGGUCCUUAUGCCGGCUUAGAGGCUGGGCCAAGCCCGAAGAGGUCAAGAAGGAGUUCGAACAGCUGCUUCAAUACAACGAAAUGAUCAAGCAGUGCGUGAUCUGCGUGAAGGAAGGCAACAACGAAAGCAUAGCCUGCCGUUCACGCUGGGUGAUGGCCUACUUCCUAUUCCACACGUUAAGUGGCCUGCACCCGGUGCGGCCGAACAUGGUCAACUUCUGCAAGGCUCUCGGCAUGAAGUACGAUUCUAAAACCGUUGUGGUCCUCGUGGGAGCCGUUUUUAUCGUGAUGAAUCUCGUGUCAGCGGUGAUAGUGAAAACCACUGGUAAAAGGAAACUAGUGAUUGGAUCCCUGCUGGCGACGGCGUUCUGCAGUCUUAGCAUUAGCCUGUACGCAAGCAAUAACACGCCUAGUGGAGUGUUCUCUUAUGAACCCAGCACUUUCCCCGAGCCGAAGGAGACUCUGCCCGUCUUUCUGUUCAUGGCACUAGUGUGCUUCACCAGCCUUGGGAUACCGUGGAUUCUGCUUUCCGAAGUUUUCCCCUUCAGAAGUCGGGGCACGGCAACGGGACUAGCGGCGGCGCUUAACUACGUCAUAGUCUUUGCCGCAACAAAAACCAACUAUAAUUUGGAGGCGAGCUUCCACAUAAGCGGUGCGUUCGCCAUCUACGCAAUCCUUACGUUCGUCGGAACCGUUUAUCUGUAUUUCUUCCUGCCGGAAACCGAAAACAAGACUUUGGCCGAAAUCGUAGGCGUACUA